CUUCACCUAGAAUCCGCUGUUCGCUCUCGUCUGGAGCCGUAGAGCCCGGCGACGGCGCCGCCGGCGGCCUCCUGAACCGCCCCUCCUCCCGCCGCGCCGUGAAGACCGGCGCCGCUCGCCUUGCCCCUCCUCUCCUCUCCUGGCCGCGCGCCGCGAAGACCGGCGGCCGCUCGCCGGCAGCGCCAGAUCCGGUGACUGCCGUUGCCUCUGUCCUCCGGCCGUCCGCCCGUCGCCCCUCGCCUGGAGGCCUCGCCCCGACUCCGAGGGCUGAAGAACCUGGUGGCCGGGCGGCGGCGCCAGUUCCAGCGGCCUCUCCGGCGUCUGCUCGGCAGCGGAGGUCUCUCUGGGUCAUUUAUUCAUCUCCGGUCGAUCUCCCCGUCCGUCCAAUUGGCCUCCGCUCCCGUCUCCUCGGCCGCCGCUGCGCGGAUCUCCAUCCUUCGAGCAGCAGGGGGCGCUGGCGUCCUGCUGCGUCUGCCGCAUCCUCGCCCGCCGUCGUACAAAAUAAACCAGCCAUCUUUGCAAACAUUGAACCCCUGCUACGUGGACGUGUUAUCUUUCAGAACACAGCUGUGACUUUUGUGGGAGUUGAGAAUAGGCGGAAGCCAUGGAUAAGUUGCCACCGGUGGUUUCGCCAGAGACAGCUGCGGCUGCGGAGGUGGCGGUGCAGUUCAGGUCGCUGGUCGACAACGAGGACAUCGGCACCAUUAGGCAGACGCAGCACCUCAUACUGGGGAGAUUGCAAGAUAGUAAUGCAGUUCUCACACAUUUUAACGAGUACUCGGAACAAUGCUUUGCGGAGGUCUCUAAUGACUUUGCUAGUAAAGCUCGUCUUCUCAAGUCCAUGAAGGCUGAUCUUGACCAUAUUUUCUUGAAGUUGAGAAGCAUGAAAUCGAGGUUAGCGGCAACAUAUCCAGAUGCUUUUCCCGAUGGUGCAAUGGCAAAGACGAUGGACCAAAGACCAGAUCUUGAAAGUCUUAUGGAUUAAAUGGUUUAUCAUUAUGGUAAUGAGGUCACCGGUUGAGUCAUUGUGUUUCACAUCUUGACAACUCAAGAAGAAUGUUCUAUGUGCACUUAAUUUUUCUUUUGCUGAAAAUGUAUUUGAGAAACGUUUGCUUCUGUUUAGAAAGUUGUGACCUUGUACUACUAUGUUUUUUUAGAUAAUGGAUAAGUUGUAACCUAGUAUAUACAAUUUGUGUCUCUAGAUCAGCCGAUCUCUCACUUUUGUGUAUUAACUUGCGGGAUCAUAGCUGCUGUAUUUCCGUCAAUGUUUUGAAAUUAAUCUUGUUAUGUAGCAAGAAGCUCUAUCGACAUUGAAAGUUUAGGGAAAACAAGGAUU